AUGAGGCUACAAAAUUUUCUGAGCUCGAUCCGACUGUCCAGCACGGAUAAGUCAGUCGCUAACAUAUGGAUCAACGACGACAUCCGCCCUCUGCCUCCUUCGCGGAGGACCUGGACGACUUGGACAUUCAUCUCCUUCUGGCUCACCAACCAGAUCGCCAUCUCAAAUUGGCAACUUGGUGGGUCCUUGGUCGCGACCGGUCUGAGCGUGUGGCAGGCCGUCCUCGCGACCCUCAUCGGCAAGAUCAUAAUAUCACUGGUGGCCAUAUUCAACGGCUACGUCGGAGCAACGUGGCACAUCGGCUUCCCCGUCGUCUCCCGGUACGUCUGGGGACCCUACGGCGCGUUCCUCCAGAUCGUGCAGCGCAUCAUUCUUAGCCUGGUCUGGUUCUCCGUGCAGAGUUGGACGGGAGGGCUUUGCAUUGCCGUGAUCCUGUCUGCCAUCUUCCCCAGCUUCCACAACCUACCAAACGUCUUCCCCGAGUCCGCGCACCUCGAGACGAAGCAGUUCGUCGGGUGGAUCCUCUUCAACGUGGCCAUGGCGCCCGUGCUGUACAUACCGCCACACAAGAUCAAGCGCCUUCUUCUGGUGUUCAACUUGCUCGCGGCUACGACUCUCGUGGCCAUGCUGAUCUGGUCGCUGGCUGUAGCCAAGGGCGGUGGACCCUUGCUGUCCCAGGGAGCGAAAUCCAUGACUUCGUGGGAUCUGGGAUGGUCGAUCGUGUCGGGUGUGACCACCGUCAUCGGAGGCAUCGCAGUCGGCCUGACUAAUGCCAACGACUACUCGCGCUUUGCGAGGAGGCCCGGAGACCAAGUUUUUGCCGACAUGGCCCAGAGGUGGCUCGACAAUGACUACAGCUCUUCCUCAAGGGCCGGGGCCUUCUUCGCAGGAGUCGGCCUACUCGCCUGCCAGGUCGCCAUCAAUGUAGUCGACAACGCCUACAGCGCAGGGAUGGACCUCGCGGGCCUGUUCUGCUCCUACAUAAACAUCCGUCGAGGCGCGUACAUUGGACUUCUCCUCAGCGUCGCCCUGUGCCCCUGGGAGCUGCUCUCGUCGGCCGCAGUCUUCAUCUCGGUCCUAUCGGCCUACAGCGUCUUUCUCGGUCCCAUCAUCGGCAUCCAGAUCUGUGACUACUGGCUCGUCCGCCGGCAGAGGCUCAAGCUCUCGGACCUGUACCACCCGGGGCGGGAUGGCAUCUACUAUUUCUCCCGCGGGUUCAACCCCCGCAGCUUCGUGGCCUGGGUCCUCGGCUUCGCCACGCAGCUGCCUGGGUUCGCCGCCAACGUCACGCCGGAAAAGGUCAGCGUCGGGCGCGCCUGGAACGAGCUGUUCUACCUGGCGUUUCCGCUGGGCUUUGCCAUCUCCUUCGCGGCUCACUACGUCCUGAACAGGAUCUGGCCGCCCGCCGGGCUGGGCCUGGUUGAUGAGGUGGACUACUACGGCAGCUUCACACCCGACGAGGCGCUCAAGCUUGGAUUUGUGCCAGAAUCGGAGGUCGUUGAAGGCGUCCAUCCGGAUCCAGAGAGUAGCGGUGGUAAGCCAAGGCAGGUGGAUGUCCCUGUCGCAGGGAAGGAUUUCUAG